UCUUUGAAAAUGACCUAGAUCAGUUGCUCAUAGAUAUACCCUAAAUACAAAUGCAACCUGAUAGAGGUUGGCAAGAAGAAGUAAGAUCAGACUGAUGGUUGACAUCCAUGACUAGGAUACUGAGAUUUUCAGUUGCGGGCUCUAAUCUGAGAUAUCAAUUCCACUUUAGGAUCCAACCUUCAAUAUAUUUAAACUUUCUCACAUGAUGACAACAUCCUUGCACUCUUAGAUUUGUGAUGUGUGGUUUCACAAUGAAGAACAAAAUGGGGUUAAUGUCUGACUUCUUUCCUUUGAAUUUUCUAAUAUUUAUAGCCUGAACCAAGAGCAAAUAAAAGAAAUUUCCAUAUAACUAAUAAUUUUAGGUUCUAAUUUUCAAC